UCAAGCUCCUGCUCCCCGCUAGGUCCCGAACCAGCCGAACGCGAUCUCUCCUUCUCUUGCAGCUGCGCGCUUUGCUGAGGGCUCUCUGUUGCUGCUCUCCCCUGUUGACUUGAACUGAGAUCCGGAGUUUCGGCUCCGCGGGUCAAGCUCUGGUAAGCGCUCGGUCCCUUCUGGCCUCUCCGUAGUAUUCUCGAGGGAGAUAGACUUUCUGGGCACCGAUUCUUUUUCUGGGUGGAACGCCAUUGGCUCUGCAAAGAGAAAAAGGAAAAGUUUGAAGCUUCGUCUCGGAAAGGAAUCUUUUUCUUUCUCUCUCUCUCUCUCUUUCCUGCCCAAUUCUUUUCCUCCUCGCGAUAUUAGACUCGCUUGAUGCUGGAGUUUAGCAAAGCAGAGCGUACCAACAGAUGGGUCUCUGCAAAUUUUGACUUGGGUCGUCGAAUAUCAGAGCUUGAGAUCUGAGCCCCUGUUCCAAUUCAAGGUCUUUUUGCUUGGAGGUUUUCGAGUUGGGGAGUGGAGAAAGAUGAUGAGAGGACAGGCUAAAACGAUAGGGCUGUCGACCAUGAAUGGGAGCUCCGCGGGCGGUAAUGCGAGCAGAGUUGGGGAGUCAGGGGAGGAGUGGGAGGUGAGACCCGGAGGAAUGCUGGUCCAGAAGCGGGACGCGGGCUCGGAUCGUAGCUCGGCACCGCCGCCACCGACGAUCCGAGUUAGGGUUAAGCAUGGGUCAACGUACCACGAGAUCAGCAUUAACUCACAGGCCACAUUUGGGGAGUUGAAGAAAAUGUUGACCGGGCCAACAGGACUACACCAUCAAGAUCAGAAACUGCUAUUCAAAGACAAAGAGAGGGACUCCAACGCAUUCCUCGACAUCGUCGGUGUCAAGGACCGGUCGAAGAUGGUGCUCAUCGAGGACCCGAUCAGUCAGGAGAAGCGGCUUCUCGAGAUGCGACGGAAUGCGAAAAUGGAGAAGGCGUCGAAGUCCAUAUCCGAAAUCAGCUUGCAAGUCGAUAGGUUCGCUGGCCGGGUUUCGGCCAUGGAAUCAGUGAUCUCUAGAGGAGGGAAGAUACCUGAAACGGAGGUGUUGACUUUGAUUGAGUUGUUAAUGAAUCAGUUGCUCAAGUUGGAUAGCAUUAUUGCUGAUGGAGAUGUGAAAUUGCAGAGAAAAAUGCAGGUGAGGAGAGUUCAGAAAUAUGUGGAAACCCUAGACCUGUUGAAGAUCAAGAACUCCAUGCAGACCGGCAAUGGAGGUCAAGCUCCAGCCCAAGAGGAGGACAAGCAUCAUGCACACACAAACGGGGUAAAGAUGGCAGCGUUCCAGCACCAACAGCAGAAGCAGCAUCCAAAUGGGCAUCCUCAGCCUCAUUCCCAACCUCAAGGGAACCGCCAUUAUCAUCCCAGUAAUCACCAUCAGAAUCGGAACAAGAAGCAAGGAGAAGAGGAAGACCCAAGAAGAUCAUCAUCAGGGACAGUUGUGACUACGAAAUGGGAGACAUUUGAUGCGGUCCCACCAUUGGUGCCAGCUCUUGCUUCGUCCACAUCCACCACCUCUCCAGUCGCCAUUAAUAACAAUCCAGUCCAGCCAAGAUUCAACUGGGAAUUGUUUGAGUGAGCUAUUGAAAAUCUUUGAAAAAGCAAAGAUCUUUUUUUUUUCCCUCCUUUUGAGUGUGGAUCGCCAGUUCUGGUGGGUUUGUCUCGUCAUUUGGUUUUUACAUUCUUUCUUGUAUUUAGAUUUAUUUCGACACCCCCUCCAAGAAAAUUCUGAGGAUCCAAUUCACCAGUGUCAGAAGAAAUAAAUGGGGGAGGGGGUGCUGUUAUAUACGACAGGGCAGGGACCAUUAUCAUCAAUGUGUCAUAAGAUUUCAUCUCGUUUGUCAUUGAAUUCUUGAAUUCAAUAUCCCUAGAUUUGUAUGGUUCUCUUCA